AGGAAGAGGUCCUAGGCAGGGGAGUGGAUGCGGGAAGCGCUGCGCAGCCAGCGACAUGGCGAGUACAGCCUCGGAGAUCAUCGCCUUCAUGGUAGCCAUCUCGGGUUGGGUGCUGGUCUCCUCCACGCUGCCCACCGACUACUGGAAAGUGUCCACCAUCGAUGGCACGGUCAUCACCACCGCCACCUAUUGGGCCAACCUGUGGAAGACAUGUGUUACCGACUCCACGGGUGUCUCUAACUGCAAGGACUUCCCCUCCAUGCUGGCUCUGGACGGCUAUAUCCAAGCAUGUAGAGGACUGAUGAUUGCUGCUGUCAGUCUUGGAUUUUUUGCUUCCAUAUUUGCGAUGUUUGGAAUGAAGUGUACAAAAGUUGGAGGCUCAGAUAAAGCCAAAGCUAAAAUUGCUUGUUUGGCUGGAACUGUAUUCAUUCUUUCAGGAUUGUGCUCUAUGACAGGCUGCUCCCUAUAUGCAAACAAAAUCACAACCGAGUUCUUUGACCCUCUUUAUGUUGAACAAAAAUAUGAACUAGGAGCCGCUUUGUUCAUUGGAUGGGCUGGAGCUUCACUUUGCAUAAUUGGCGGUGUUAUAUUUUGCUUUUCGAUAUCUGACAAUAGCAAAACACCCAGAAUGGCAUAUACGUACAACGGAGCCACGUCUGUUUUGUCCUCUCGGACAAGGUACCCGACGGGAGAAGGAGAUUUUAAAAACACAAGCCCUCCAAAACAGUUUGAUAAGAAUGCUUAUGUCUAAACAGCACUGCUACAAAUCACAAG